AUGUGGGUAGCUGUGGAACUUGAAUGGAAAAAUGUAACAACCCGUCUCAUUCGCCCCAGCAAUCGAGAGACUGAAGUUACAGUACUAUUGGAACUUGCAUUUGGUAAACCUGCUGAACAAUCGUCAACGUAUUUAACAAAUGGGGCCGAGUAUGCAGUAGAUGGUAACACAGGUACAGACCUUAUUCAAGACAAAUGUGCACACACGGGUGAUGGCGACAAAAAUCCGUGGUGGAGGGUGGAUCUACAGGCUGUGUAUUCCAUCACAUCUGUCAGAAUACUCAACAGAGGAAUGGAUGAGUACAAAACGGAUGUGUCAUUCCGGCUGCGAGAUGUUAACGUCACUGUAGGGCUGACAGAAUCUGAUGUCAACACUCCUUGCGCUUUUUUUGCUGGUCCCGGUAAUCUGUCACAACUGGUCGUCAUCGACUGUUCGACGUCACCACAGGGGAAAUUCGCAUAA